GAGAUCUUUACCAUUAUUUGUGUUAUGUGAGAAAAAGAUGCCUUAUGCCAUCUUGAAAGGGGAACAUUGUAUUAAUGGUGUUAAUAUUUUAAUCACCAUGAGAUUCCUCUUGCCUAUAUAUAUGUACUGACCUUUGAGGCAAUGCGAAAGCAUAACAAACAUCUUUGGCUCUCUCAAAACUUCUCUUUGAUCAAUAACAAAGAUCUUAAGAUUCAAAACAAUGGCAGUCUCUUUCCAUAUUCGCUCUAAAAGUUUACCUUCUAGAUCUCACCCACAAGCCGCUCAUGUCGAUGAGCAGCUGGCCUGUUUGAGAUCUUCUGAGGAAGCCUCAACAUCUUCUAUCUGCAAAAGAGUUGACAACCUUCAAGAACUACACGAGUCUCUUGACAGGCUCAUUCGUUUACCCUUUACCCAACAGGCACUAGCACAAGUACAAAACAAGAUAUUCGUCGAGCAGCUUCUUGAUGGAUCUCUCAGGAGCUUGGACUAUUGCAACAUUUCCAAGGAUGUUUUGUCGCAGAUGAAAGAGGGUCUCAUCGAGAUCCAAUCUAUUCUACGAAGAAAGCGAGGUGACCUAUCAGGAGAGGUCACGAAAUACUUAGCCUCAAGAAAGUCACUCAAGAAGACAUUCCCUAAAAUACAAAAGUCUCUCAAUGUUGUUGCACGUGAAGGAGAGUCUUUGGCUGUCUUUGGAGAAGCAGAGGCUAUCGCAGUUUCUUUGUUUGAGUCUCUCUUUAGCUACAUGUUUGGAUCAAAGACUUGUGGAAAAUGGUCAGUCGUCUCAAAGCUAAUGAGCAAGAAGAAAGUUACAGCUGAAGCUCAAGUAAACGAAUUCACUAGGGCUGAUUCUGAAUUUCAGUCUGGAAAGACCUUGAAGAUAGAAGAUGUUCAGAUCCUAGUGUCAUGUAUUCAAGAUCUUGAAGAUGGAGUUGAAUCUCUUUCAAAGUCAUUGAUCAAAUAUAGAGUUUCAAUUCUUAACACAUUAGGCCACUAAAGGCUACAAUUUUGUACAUAAGAGAAAAGAUAAUAGAAACUUAUUCAAGUCUCAGUUCUGUACAUCUUAUUUAUUUGAUCUCGGACUGUUUAACCAAUCAAAGAACAAGAUCAUUCUAAAAACAAGAAGUUCUCAGUUUUAACUUUCAACUUUUCACCUCAUGGUUAACGAUUAGGUUAUCCACCUAAAUGACGUUGUCUCGAUUAUUAUUUAUUUAAAUAAGAUCACUGAUUAUUGAGAUUAGUAAGUUUCAAACGUUCUCUGUAAUAUAAAUGUAAUGUCUGUAAAAAAAAAAAAAAAAAUGUAAUGUCUGUAUGGUGGGAAACAUUUGUAGUGUAAUUUGUGUACUUUCACAUGUUUUUUUUUGGGUAGCUGGUGCUUUCGCAUGUUGGAACGACGAAUACGGAUCAUGCCCAUCUGAUAUCUUAAAUCCACACGUUUUCUGCUGCUAAUAACUCGUUCUUGUGUUUGUGUUGCGGGAAGCAACGUAAAUGAUGCAAAAAGAAAUUAAGAACUUUUGAGCUCCGUGUGCAUGCACAUGUCAAAAUCGCCGAAUAAGGAUCUUGUCUCAUUUCUUUUGAAACGGUCGUGUAAUUUUUUUUUUUUUUAAUUUUCUCUUUUUAUUAAAGAAAAUUUUUGUGAUUGAAGAAAGAUGUCAUAUCUUUUAUUUAUUGAAAAAAUCACAUAGAUAGUAUUAAAAAUAUUUAUCACAAAAUAACACCUAAAAAAUCUUCAAAAUAUCAUUUAUCUUAUGUGAUUAGUCAUUAAGCUUAAAAAACCUUUAUGAUCUCCCAGACGGAAUAUAUAUAUAUAUAUAUAUCAUUCAUCCAACAAAGAAAAAGUCUAAAGUAAUUAAAUCGUACACUUUAAUCAUUAAAUUUAAGCGCUGAACCGCGAAAUUUCAGAUCUACAACAACGCAUCACGGAAAGGUAUGCUGAAUUGGAGCGAAGAACCGAUGUGACCAACACAAAACUUUUCCAGGAUAUAUAACGUUAGACUUUUAGUUUAAAUUUUCUGUUUUAUUAAUAUUUCUUGUUUUGUAUCAUAUUUUAAAAUAUUUAAAUUUUAAAUUUUAAAUUUAUUAAAAUUUAAUAAAAAUAUUAUAAAAAUUUAAUAUUUUUAAAAAGUAAUUGCACGAAAUGAAGAAUUAACACGAAUGCGACGUCGUUAGCCUUUUGAUUAUUUUUUUUGUGGUGGGUUCCAUUAGCGAAUCAGGUUGGAUGGAUGCUUCUGAUGUGAAUGCACGCUUCCCCGAAUCAAUUAACUCAGUUGCUGCAAGAAAAAAACAGGCAUUGAAGAUCAAACACAAACUUGGUGAAACAUGGAAUCCACUUGAACACGUUCAAUAGCAGCGAAAAUUACAACUGGAGCUGAUGUAAAAAGUCCAAAUGUAAAGCUUAUGGAAGUUUUCUCAUAAGUAGUGAGAUAAGUCUAUGAACCUAAUGUCCUCUCCGAAGACAUCAUCCUUCACUGGUUCCAUAAAGGAACCAACUCAAAGGACAUGUUAGUUCCACAGCAUAUGGAAAGUUGGUAUCCCAAACAAUAAUUAUCCGAUCUCGGCCCAAACAAUAAUUAUCCGAUCUCGGUCAUUUGAUCUGAUUUUUUAAAAAGUCUUGUGGUGAAAGUUGUAGGCACACCUUUGUAAAAUGCCUAGAGCCAUUUGUGAAUUGUCUUGAAGAGAGGCAGAUAAAGUAGAGACGUUUCUGCUGCAUUUCUACCGUAGAGUGCGUGAACUAUGACGUUUCUGCUGAAUUUCUUUCCAUAUUUUUGUUUAUUAUCUAAAGCCAAUAAGUUUAUGUCUAUCUUUAAAAUUUUUAGUUUGGUGUUGCUGCUGCAUUCUCAAAUCUCCUUUUGAUAUAAUUGUGUUUCAUUUUUUGGUUUACAAUUUCUCUGUUUUUGAACUUUUAUGUCCCGUUUAAAGGCUUCUCGCUUGUAGAUUUAUGCUAAAGCAGAAGCUGCAUAAUUUAAGGUUAAUUCAAUGGUUUCUUAUAAAGACAGAGAUUUGAGAUUAAGAUGUAAUGUCCAUAUUAAUAAGGAUAAAAAAAUAAUUACUAAUUUCUUAAAAAUGUGUGAUAACCAAUUUUAUUGACAAACAUCCAAGAAAAAAUUGUGAAUGCAAAGAGUCAAAUCAAUAACUUUUUUAAAAAUUCAAACAUUGUAAAUGAUGCUACAGUUAAUUAUUCUAAAGUUCUAAAUGAAAUGACGUUCUCUCUGUAUAUGAUCAGUC